GUAGUUUUUAAUAAGGGGAAGUAAUCGUAAUGUAAACAUAGUGUAAACAAAAUCGACGACAAGAAAUGGAGAUAAACGACCUUCCACCGGAACUACUUGUUACAAUAUUUCAACAACUCAGCAAAGAAGAUCUUAUAUGGACGAUACACAAUGUGUGUACGUAUUGGCGACACUUAGCACAAGCCGGGAAUUUAUGGACAGAUCUAGAUAUUAACCGCCUCUUUAUCGAAAACCACGGAAAACAGGAUGCACUGUUUAAGUAUCUUCUCUCGAUUUUAAUUCACGCUCAGUACGUGAAGUCGUCUCCUGACCUUCUGCUUCCUUUACUGAUAAAAAGUAAAGACACUUUGAGAAAUAUUCGACGAAUUGAUCUGGUACCUGCAAUAGACUCUUUCUACCUUAGCUCAAAAGAACUUUUUAAAGGCCUAAGUGCGAAAUGCCCAAAUCUUAAAUCUCUGCACUUGAAAUUUUUAUCAGAGUCUCUUUCUGUUUUGAGUCAAGUUUUUGAUCUUAAUUUAGAAAAUGUGACCUUAAUUCACGAACAGAACCUAGGAAACACACGUGACAUAAUUAGUCGUGAGAUGGAAACCGUCGCCAAACUAUUAAAGGAAAAGGCAAAUGAAAUCAGGAAAACCAAAAGAAUUGAGCUCCAAUCGUUUUCGAGCGAUUUUUUAGCACCAGUCUUGGAAUUGAAUUUGUCAAAUCUGACCCGUCUGACGGCGUUUGGAAAUUUCAUAAAAGAUAGCACAAUACACACGAUUCUCCUUCCGGAAACAAACAUAACCGAACUGUAUUUAGAUUUUUCAAAUAUAACUGACCAAAGUUUAAAUGAUAUAGCUGAAAAUGCAAAACAUUUAAAAUAUUUGUCAUUAAAAUGUUGUAGCAGAAUUACUGAUAAAGGAAUUGCCAUAGUUACAAAAUCCUGCAAGAAGUUAGAAAGAUUUAACAUUCGAAACUCAACGGCAACCGGCAGCCAUUUUUCUUCCAAUUUAGCUCUAUGUGCUAUCUCUCCAAUGUGUAUAUCACUGAAAACUUUGUCGGCGCAAAAUUUGCCAACUUUCGAUAUUGCUACUUUAACGGCUUUGACGCAGUCAUGUCGAACAUUGACGUCAAUCAGUUUUAAUGAUUGUUGUGAUCUGUCAGACGUGUCUUUGGGAGUAAUUGGACAAAACUGUCCAGUCCUGCUUUCUGCAGAUUUCAGCCAGUGUCCGCAAAUUACAUUGGACGGCGUCAGAAUCCUGUUGACGUGCUGCCUUUCAAUAGAGAAUAUAAGCUGUAUGGUUUGCGAUGGAAUUACAAGCUUUUCCCAAACCUCCAUGAUGCCACCAAAAGAAACUGUCACGGAAAUUGUUAGCAACGAGGAUGCACAGAGUGACAAAGAACGUGUCACUGCAAGGGAACCAGAAGAGGAAGGGAAUCAGAAAUAUUCACAGAUUAGGAACUUUAAUCUGUCAUACUGUUAUAAUUUAAAAGCAGAAGCACUUAUUGUGAUUUCAGAAUUAUGCAAAAAUCUGCGAAUGCUUAUUUUACGUUUUUGUGAAAGUCCUGUAAAUGACGUCAGCGUUGACAUUUUACGUCGUGUUUUUACAAAUUGUUGCUACCUUGAAUACAUUUUAGUUGGUCCUGGAUUUAAUUCUACAAUACACAGAAAAGAUAUUGUUUAACAAAAGAAAGUAAGAAAUAAAAACUUCAUCUGCAGUUACCAUUAAAAUUUGUGAUAAUUAUAUCAAAUAA